CUCGAUUACGGCGCAAGUCGCGGGUAGACGCACAGCUUCUGCACGUCGUUCGUGCACCGUGCGUCGCGGCUUAAUACAACCGCAUCGCGGAGGCUGAUUAAUAAAGAAAACUGUGUCGCGACGUCCACAUCACUCCGAAACAGUAUUCGGGAAGAAAUCAUGAAGUGCCUGUUGACGAUCGUCGUUCUCGUGGCUGCUGCCACCUCGACCACAGAGGCCGAAACAUACAAAGUCACCGAUCAGGUGUAUCUCGACAUCAUGAUCGACAAUCAUCCAGCUGGAAGAAUAGUUAUUGGACUAUUCGGCGACAUCGCACCGAAAACGGUGAAGAACUUCGUCACUCUCGCUACCACUGGCCUAGCUGGGAAAAAAUAUGCAGGGACCACGUUUCAUCGCGUGAUAAAGAAGUUCAUGAUUCAGGGCGGUGAUGUAGAAAAUGGCGAUGGUACCGGCUCCAUCAGUAUUUACGGCAAAUACUUCGACGAUGAAACCUUCAAGGUGAAGCACAGCGGGCCAUUAUUCGUCAGCAUGGCGAAUGCUGGGAAGAACACCAACGGCUGUCAAUUUUUCAUCACCACUAUAGCAACACCUUGGCUAGAUGAUCACCAUACGGUAUUCGGAAAGGUGGUUAACGGUGAAGCUGUAGUCUUUAAGAUCGAACAAACCAAAACGAAUAGCGAUGAUGUUCCAGUCGCGCCCGUAGUAAUUUACGACAGCGGAACUCUUCCAACGGAGCCGUUUACUGUAUCAGAUAAUCCUUACGAGUAAUCCAACACUUUCGAUGUGACCCUAAUUAUUCGCUCACGUCUUUCCCAAGCUCUUUUGUAGGUUACUGUAAUCGUUGCGCUCCGUAUUAAUGAGGGCUACAUAUGCCAAUCAUUUUUACGUAAUAGCUUUCUAGGUCGACAAAUAUGACGAUCGCACAAAUAAUUAGUUAAUUAAGUAUUAAUACUGUAUGAGAAUAGCUACUUUUAUACAUUUUUUUGAAGCUUUACUUUACAUAGUCACAUUUUAUACAACAAUUUAUAUAUUUAAUAUAUUAUUUUGCACUGUUUCGUGUGACUACGUGAACGAAAAGACUGCCAAGUAGAUGCAAAAUGCAAAAGUAGACAUUAAGAUCACGUAAAGACACAUCAGUAAAUGUACACGUAUUUGAAAAAUAUAUUCUUUAACGCAUUAUCCAUUCUCCAAGCUGUACUGCGCUCGCAUUUAACUAGAUAAAUAAUCUUUUAAUGA